AUGAGCAUAGCUCCCUUGGUUCUACGUCCAAUGAAUGCAGCAGCUGACUCCGAAGAUCUGCUUUACGAGUACGUACCGCUCGGCGCCGAGGAGAUAAGAUUGUUGUGCCUCCACCCUGGCCAAGAAGCAGAUCAGCUCAAUGGUGAGCUCAUUGUCAAAGGCUUGGAGGAGCUACCCCUACGACAAAAAGCUGGCACUGCAGCUCAAACAGAUCCGAUAGACUCAGGGAAAGAUGUUUGCUUUGACGCGAUUUCCUAUGUAUGGGGCGACUCAACCUUCACAGACACCUUCUUCACCCCCCAAGGAUCCAUCCCCAUAACAGCAUCACUCGCUUCUAUUCUACGGCGACUUCGCGACGAGGAAAAGUCCCACUUUUACUGGGCUGAUGGCCUUUGCAUCAACCAAUCAGAUGUGGCUGAGAAAGAAGUCCAAGUGUCUCUCAUGGGCAUCAUUUACAGCUCUGCCAUAAGAGUUGUGUGCGAUCUUGGCGAAGAAACAGAGAACUCCACACUAAUACUCGACGCCAUGGAGCGCUAUUGGAAACGAAACAUCCGCCACGGACUCAUGUUGAGCCAGGGAGACUCCAUGACCCUUUCAGGAGAGUCAGCGGCAAAGCUCUUGGGUAUACCAUACCUUAGAGAUGAGGAGGCAGAUGCUGUUGAACAAGUUGAAGGAGAGCAAUGGCCUGCGAGGUAUCUUGAAUUCAUCUCUGCGCCAUGGUUUCACCGCCUCUGGGUCGUGCAAGAGUUUGUCCUUGGACGUGAUGUAGUCAUGAUCAUCGGGCGUCGACACAUCCCUUGGGGUCAGCUCUGGGCAGGUACUAUGUGGUAUAAAGGAGUCAAGUGGCCGUGGGAGCAAGCCGAGUACACCAACGAGGACCUAACAAGCCUCUUCACAUCAUACUACUCUAUGUGCCUCGUUCGUUUAGGUCGGCUUAUGGAUCUCAACACGUUACAUGGCCGUGAGUUCAACGACAUCAUCAAACUACUCCGUGGUGGAUUUGGUAUGGAUCAUGAAAUCCUGCCAUUUUCCAUGGUGUCAUUUUGCUCCCACGCCUGCAGUGUGCCCCGGGACCGGUAUUUUGCUAUUCUCGGUAUGGUCAAUGAGGACGACAAGGAGAAAGCACUCAGUCUUCGACCUGAUUAUACUUGCCCAAUGAGGGACCUAACAAUGCGAUUCUGGAAACAUGCAAUGCAAAGCCAAUCAGGAGUAGACCUCCUGCUUCUCACCGGUCUACCUGGUCGUGUCGAAGAAUACCCUUCUUGGAUACGAGAUCUUACUGUACCGAAACCACUGCAGCAUAUCUGGGUAAGACGUCCCAUGGCUACUGGAUGCCAUGCAGCAGGGGGCCCUGUAAGCAUGUGGUCUAUAGACUUUAGCCAAGAUGAUAGUGAUCAGUGUUUCGUCCAAGGCUAUCAUAUCGACGAUAUUACAGACAUGUCGUCCAAUGAGGCUUCUGAUCCUUUCAACUUUGUUGCGAUGGCUCAUUGGAUUCAGGAAGCUUUCAACUUCUUCACUGGGCCUGAAUCGUCGGUCGUUGACUUGGAUACACUAUAUCCUCUAACUGCCGAUCCUGUCCACGAGGCGGCUCUGAAGGUGAUGAUGGACUACAACAAAGAAGACACCAUAAAGCCCGAUGAUGGGGAAAUAAAUGAAAUGCUGUGUGUAGGACUGUCUCUACCUCUCGUAGCCUUCUCUGAAGAUACUGAGGAAGAGGCGGCUGAAAGAGAGGCCAGUGAGGAAGAGACCAUCAUGGCCAGGAUCAUUUCUGGAUUCCAAGAUGAAAUGUCCACUUUGGAGGAACUAUUCGUUCGUAUACACAAGAUGAGAGGAUUGGGUUUCUAUAAAACCAAGAAGGGCCUUUUUGCACUACUACCAAAGGAAACCCGCCCUGGGGACUCUAUUUGGAUUCUCAAGGGUUGCAGAUUACCUGUUGCACUACGGCCAAGUACAUCGCAUGACGAUUCAUAUGAGUUUGUUGGAGGUGGCUAUGUGUAUGGAAUUAUGAACGGGGAGAUGCUGGAAGGGCCUGACUUUGGGUGGCAAAACGUCUGCCUCAGAUGA